CCCACAGCCACUGAGGCUGUGCAGGAAGGCAGGACGAAUGUGUAAUUGGACACAUUGUAAUUUGGUUGAGGCCCCAAAAGACAACCCUUCCGGGUUAAGCGUCAGAGCUGUCUGGCGGCUGAACUGUAAGGACGCAGCUUUGGGAGCUUCGGGACUCGGGUCUGAUCGAAAGAUUACCGGUAUGGAGACUCGCCAAGACGACUGCCACGGUUCGGACAAGAUGAUGGGUCAGGGAGCUGGUGAGGACCAAGAACAACAGCAUGGUGGGAAUGCAAUGGUCUUGAAGGCCGAAGAGGAAGGGGGCAAGCAUGGGCUUGUAGAGAGCAAGCUUGCCCAGGGUGAGCUUGAUCAGGGCAAACUUGCUCUGGGCGACCUCGCUCCAGGCAAGCUUGCUCAAGAAGAGCCUGCUCAGCUCAGUCUUGCUCAGGAAGCCACAGGAGUGGCAGAGCAGGGAGAAAACAAAGAAGAAAUGGGAAGAGGACAUGCUGGCGAUGGUAGCUCUGGCCCCGUGGACAACGAGAUCCGAGGGGACGGUGCCCAUGGCGGCGCUGCUCAACAGCAGCCUCAGCAAGAGGCUGCCAUGCCUGAGGGCAGCAAGAGUCUACGCGCUGGGGACAGGCAGCCUGUCCAGCGCCGCACCAGAUUCACCCUGUCUCAGCUGCAGGAUCUGGAGCAUCUUUUCCAGGAGACUCGCUACCCCAGCUUGCGAGCAAGGAAGGAUCUAGCAAGAUGGAUGGGUGUGUCGGAAGCUGAUGUGCAGGAAUGGUUUAGGAACAGGAGAGCCAUUUUCAGAAGAAAUAGUAGAAUAGCCAUGCUGAGCGAGGUCGUACCUGGUCCCCACAAAAAGGAUGCCUGAGGAUUUUGGAGCAGCACUUGAGUGCCAUCCCUGUCCAGGAGACAGAUGUCCUGGAGCCUGUCCCUGCCCCCUACCUAUGUGUCGGCCACCCAUACUGGCCAUGACAACCCUAUCUUCCCUGAAAUAUGUUCUGCAAUA